AUGAUUGAAGAGAAUUUGAAACAGAAAAUCCACGAUAAGUUCGUUGCAGCCAAAAAGAAUGGGCAUCUGAAAGUAACGCAUGCAGAAUCCAAGAAGUUGAAAGAUCCUCAAACGACGACACAAUAUUGGGUGACAUUUGCUCCAUCUUUGGCACUUAAGCCAGACGCUAACAAGAAUAGCGAUUCAAAGGCGGAGGACCCGUUCGCCAAUCCCGACGAAGAACUAGUGGUGACUGAAGAUCUAAAUGGUGACGGAGAAUAUAAGCUGCUACUCAACAAAUUUCCUGUGGUCCCUGAACAUAGUCUCCUAGUGACAAGCGAGUUUAAAGACCAGAGAUCUGCUUUGACGCCAAGUGACUUGAUGACUGCUUAUAAUGUGCUCUGUUCUCUCCAAGGAGACAAGGACGAUGAUGUCACUUGUGAAAGGUAUCUGGUCUUUUAUAAUUGUGGACCUCAUAGCGGUUCCUCACAAGAUCACAAACACUUGCAGAUCAUGCAAAUGCCUGAAAAAUUUAUACCUUUUCAGGACGUAUUGUGCAACGGAAAGGAUCAUUUCUUGCCCACCUUCAACGCAGAGCCAUUACAAGAUGAUAAGGUUUCCUUUGCUCAUUUCGUCUUGCCGCUGCCGGAAUCGUCUGAUCAAGUGGACGAAGAUCUUCUUGCUAUGUGUUACGUAUCUUUGAUGCAGAGAGCACUUACAUUUUUCCAAGAUUGGACCAAUGAGUCUCCGGAGUUGACCAAGUCAUACAAUGUGCUACUGACCAAGAAAUGGAUCUGUGUAGUUCCAAGAUCGCAUGCCAAGAGUGGACCGCCAUUGAUGUUAAACAUUAACUCCACGGGGUACUGUGGUAUGAUCCUCGUUAAAGACAGAGAAAAACUAGAGAACCUCACUGAAGAUCCUCAUCUUGUGGACAAGUCGUUACUGCAAUGCGGUUUCCCCAACACAGCAGGCCAAAAACCAACAGAGUAUCACUAUUAA